AUGGCUCCCGUGCUCGCUCUUCCCCAACCAAUGGUCAUCUCCGACUCCACGAAACAGAAAGCGACCCAACUUUGUGGAACAGAUGACAGCAUCGUGCUCACAGAUACUCCCUGGAUCAUCUACAACAUGUUCUACAACGCCGCGCAGUCGAAGGGGACGCAAUGCACGAACUACGACCACGUUUCCACCUCCUUGAGCGGCGGCAAGGAGAUAGUUUGGAGUGCCGUCACAAACAUCGACUACGUAUCCAGCACAUCCAACAUCCCCAAAGGCUACUCCUUCAUCGGCCUUACGCAGAAUCUCGAAACUAAACUCUCGGCGAUUGAUUCCAUUCCAGCGACAUAUGAAUGGACGCGCACGAACAGUACAGCCUACAAAGGAAACAUCUGCCUCGACUUCAUGACAUCCGACACUAAGGGUGACUCUACAUCCUCCUCUGCACAGGAGUUGAUGCUCUGGCUCAAUUACACAGGUGGUCAGCUGCCGAUCGGGUGGCCUACUCCUGUCGCCACGGUGUCCUCUCUCUAUGGAACGAGCUGGAAGCUGUACCAGGGAAAGAAUGACGAUACAGGGAUUACGGUCAGCUCGUUGUUGCCGGAUACGCAAUUUGGAGGGAGUUGGGAGGGUGAUGUGAAGGACUGGUUGGAGGCUUUGGUCAAGCUUGAUGUGUUUGGUGCGGAUACGUAUGUCAACGUUGGCAAUGCGGGGACGGAGUACUUCUAUGGGAAUGCGGCCGUGAAUGCGACUGUGGGCUUGCAGAUUAACUUGUAG